AAAAGACCUGAUUUUAAUUUGGUGUUGACAGUGUUGCUUAAUAUUUAUCUAAAUAAUGAAAAAAGUAAACCAGGACCUGUUAAAUGAAAGAAGAAAAUGUACUUUCGAUAUAGGCGAAUUGACAACGCUUAUUGAUGGAGGACGGGAGAAAACAAGAGAUAGAAAAGAGAAAGAGGAAAUAAUGCUGAGUAAAACAUCCGAUGGUGUGUCAGAAGAAUAUUUAAGCCACAAAGAGAAAUUUGAAAACGCUAUAAAACAAUCGGUCAUAAUUUUUUCGUUGGUGCGUCGUUUGCAGAUGGAGGGUAAAACAACUAUAUCUAAUUACAGGGAUGUUAUAUCAAAUCUCCUUCGAUCGACAACGCUGCGUGAUGGAUCACCACUGGGGCUGCACUACAUUAUGUUCAUGCCGGCGAUCAUCAAUCAGGCGAAUGACGAGCAGCAAGCCCAGUGGCUCGAACGAGCAUGGAAUUGUAACAUAAUUGGUAGUUAUGCUCAAACUGAAUUGGGUCAUGGAACAUUUAUUCGUGGAUUGGAGACUACUGCCACAUAUGAUGCUAGUACCAAGGAGUUUGUCCUUCACAGUCCCACGCUCACCUCCUACAAGUGGUGGCCCGGCGGAUUGGGUCAGGCAGUCAAUUAUUGUAUUGUGGUAGCACAGUUGUAUACAAAUGGGAAAUGUUAUGGUGUCCAUUCAUUCGUUGUUCAAGUGAGGGACGAAGAAACCCAUGAACCUCUGCCUGGAAUUAAAGUGGGGGAUAUUGGAGUCAAGUUUGCACUUAAUUCUGUGAACAAUGGCUUUUUAGGAUUUGACAACUUUAGGAUACCCAGGAAUCAAAUGUUAAUGAAACAUGCACAAGUUUUGGAGGAUGGCACUUACGUGAAAUCUCGUAACAGCAAAUUAAAUUAUGGCGCUAUGGUAUUUGUGAGAGUUGUGAUUGUCUUUGAUAUGGUUAACUAUUUAAGUAAAGCUUCUAUUAUAGCGGUUCGAUAUUCUGCUGUUCGCAGACAAUCACAAAGGAUAUCUGGUGAACCAGAAAGCCAGAUUCUUGACUACUUGACGCAACAAAACAAGCUAUUCAUUGCAAUAGCUGCCAGUCACGCAUUGCGGAUAUCUGCUAACAAAUUAUGGGACAAUUUCAACACAAUCAACGCGGAACUCCUUGGUGGCAACUUGGAUAGGUUGCCUGAGCUGCACGCUUUAGCUUGCUGUUUGAAAGCUGUGAGCACAUCGGACACGGCCUCGUUCGUGGAGCGCUGCCGGCUCGCGUGCGGCGGCCACGGGUACAUGCUGUCGUCCAACCUGCCGAUCACCUACGGGCUGGUCACCGCCGCCUGCACCUACGAGGGCGAGAACACUGUGCUAUUAUUACAGACCGCUAGAUUUUUAGCAAAAACUUGGCAACAAGUGGCCAGUGGUGAAAGUAAAUUAACGCCAACAGUGGAAUAUUUAAAAACCGCCAGCAGUAAAAGUAUACCUGAAAAGUGGGUUAAUAGUGUUGAAAACAUCGUCAAUGCAUUCCAAAUCAUUUCUGUAAGAAAGAUAUCUUCCUGCGUGGAAAAUAUGCAAAGAAGAGUGUCAUCGGGCUCGUCAUUUGAGGAUGCCUGGAAUAUGUCUUCAAUUCAGUUAACUUCUUCGGCUGAGGCACAUUGUCGAGUAAUAAUAUUAAUGUCUUUUUACGAAGAAAUGCAAACUUGUGCUAAAAAUGUGUCUGCGGAGUUGAGGAUAGUCCUGAAUCAAUUAAUGGAGUUAUAUAGCGUUUAUUGGGCUUUGGAGAAACUAAGCGACUUGAUGCAGUAUACAUUGAUAACAUCAGAAGACGUUGAAGUCUUGCAAGCUUGGUAUGAGGAUACACUUAGGAAGUUGCGACCGAAUGCCGUAGGAUUGGUCGAUGCAUUUGACAUAAGGGAUGAGAUAUUACAAUCAACGCUCGGCUCAUAUGACGGUCGUGUGUACGAGAGAUUAAUGGAAGAAGCCCUCAAGAAUCCACUAAAUGCCGAGACGGUGAAUUAUACUUUUCACAAGUAUCUUAAGCCAUUUAUGCAGGGAAAAUUGUAAAAUAUUAAUAUAUGUAAAUAAGGCGAUGUAUGG